AUUCAGAAACAGUAACGGAUAAGGAAGGAGCUCAGCUCAUCAUCUCUCUCUCACUCUCUGUUUCUCACUGUAUUUGCCAAAUUUCCAAUGGCAUUAAGGGUCUCAAGCUCAGCUCCUACUACAUAUAUUUCUCAGCUUCAAUCUUCUUCUUCUUCUACAGUAGUUGUCUCAUUCAGUUUCAAAUCACACCCUCUUCUUCUCUCUCCUUUCUCCUUUGCUUCAUCUUCUUCUUCUUUUUCUUUGAGCCCAAUUAGACGGCUUCGGAGUCCUCGGUCUCGCGUUGUGCGUGCAGAAGCAGCUGUUGAUUCUGGCAAUGGUGCUGUACUCACUGCUGAUAAGCCCGAUUCCAAUACUCCUGCUCCUUCUGGAAGGGUCUACUUUCCUCUUGCUGCUGUUGUUGGCCAAGAUGCUAUAAAAACUGCUCUUUUGCUUGGAGCAACUGACCGUGAGAUUGGAGGCAUUGCUAUAUCUGGAAAGCGAGGAACAGCUAAGACAGUAAUGGCACGUGGGUUACAUGCAAUUUUGCCACCAAUUGAUGUAGUUGUUGGUUCAAUAGCAAAUGCAGAUCCAUCCUGCCUGGAAGAGUGGGAAGAUGGCCUAAGUGAACGUGUAGAAUAUGAUUCUGCUGGUAAUGUUAAGACUCAAAUAGUCAGAUCUCCUUUUGUUCAGAUUCCACUUGGAGUCACAGAAGACAGACUCAUUGGAUCUGUUGAUGUUGAGGAAUCUGUGAAAACAGGAUCAACUAUUUUCCAGCCAGGCCUUCUUGCUGAAGCUCAUAGAGGCGUUCUAUAUGUUGAUGAAAUAAAUCUGUUGGAUGAGGGUAUUAGUAAUUUGCUACUUAAUGUAUUAACUGAAGGAGUUAAUAUCGUGGAAAGGGAGGGAAUCAGCUUUAGGCACCCAUGCAAGCCACUCCUUAUUGCUACUUACAAUCCAGAAGAGGGUGCUGUACGUGAGCACUUGCUAGAUCGUAUUGCAAUUAAUUUGAGUGCAGAUCUUCCAAUGAGUUUUGAAGAUCGUGUUGCAGCUGUUGGAAUUGCAACACAAUUUCAGGAGCGUAGUAAUGAAGUGUUCAAAAUGGUUGAGGAAGAAACAGACUUGGCAAAAACUCAGAUUAUUUUGGCAAGAGAGUAUUUGAAGGAUGUUACUAUCAGCAGAGAACAAUUGAAGUACAUUGUAAUGGAAGCCCUUCGAGGUGGUUGUCAGGGACACAGAGCUGAGCUAUAUGCUGCCCGUGUUGCAAAGUGCUUAGCUGCGCUAGAGGGACGAGAAAAAGUCAAUGUUGACGACCUGAAAAAAGCUGUAGAAUUGGUCAUUCUUCCUCGUUCAAUCAUCAAUGAGAAUCCACCAGAACAGCAAAAUCAGCAGCCUCCACCCCCACCACCCCCUCCACAAAAUCAAGAAUCUGAGCAGGAGCAGAAUGAGGAGGACGAACAAGAGGAUGAAAAUGAUGAAGAAAAUGAACAGGAGCAGGAGCAAAUACCUGAAGAGUUUAUCUUUGAUGCAGAAGGGGGUUUAGUGGAUGAGAAACUUCUCUUCUUUGCACAACAAGCACAGAGACGCCGGGGGAAGGCUGGGAGAGCAAAGAAUGUCAUAUUUUCCGAGGAUAGAGGCCGAUAUAUAAAGCCAAUGCUCCCAAAGGGCCCUGUAAAGAGAUUAGCCGUUGAUGCAACCCUUAGAGCAGCUGCACCAUAUCAGAAGUUGCGUAGGGAGAAGAACACUCAAAGCAAUAGGAAAGUUUUUGUGGAGAAAACUGAUAUGAGGGCAAAGAGAAUGGCACGAAAAGCAGGAGCAUUGGUUAUAUUUUUGGUUGAUGCAAGUGGAAGCAUGGCUCUGAAUAGAAUGCAGAAUGCAAAAGGUGCAGCACUUAAGCUACUUGCAGAAAGUUAUACAAGCAGGGAUCAGGUGUCUAUCAUCCCUUUCCGUGGAGAUUCUGCUGAAGUUCUCCUGCCUCCUUCUAGAUCAAUUGCAAUGGCAAGGAAACGUCUUGAGAGACUUCCAUGUGGGGGAGGUUCUCCCCUGGCUCAUGGCCUUUCCAUGGCCGUCAGGGUUGGGCUGAAUGCAGAGAAGAGUGGUGAUGUUGGCCGCAUAAUGAUUGUUGCAAUAACUGAUGGUAGAGCCAAUAUAUCACUGAAAAGAUCCACUGACCCUGAAGCUGCUGCAGCUACUGAUGCCCCAAGACCUUCAUCACAAGAGUUGAAGGAUGAGAUUUUGGAAGUGGCUGGGAAAAUAUACAAAGCAGGGAUGUCUCUUCUUGUCAUUGACACAGAAAAUAAGUUUGUUUCAACUGGUUUUGCCAAGGAAAUUGCAAGAGUCGCUCAAGGAAAAUAUUAUUACUUGCCAAAUGCUUCAGAUGCCGUUAUCUCAGCUACAACCAAGGAAGCAUUAUCAGCCUUAAAAAGCUCAUGAACCAUUAAAAAGUGUGUUACUUUGGCCUCUGAAAUCUGACAAAAUUUAACUGAUUUAUUUUACUACCAAACAUUUAUUUUUCUUCUUUGUCCUUAUAAUGGUGUAAUCUAUCCCACAUGUAUCAGUGUAUGUCAUUACAAAGCGAAAUAAAAUUUUUCUUAUUGUUC